UUAAAAAAAAAUCUUAGACACGUUCUUAGUAAGUCAAGAUGUCUUCCUUGAUGUGUAAAAGCGUACUUAAAGUUUCUACUUCCAGAAGCAUUUCGAGGAAAAUAAGCGAGGAUAGGACAGCGAUGUUACGAGAUAAAGAUUCAUUAACAACUGACGAAAAGUCUGUUAGGAGGAAACGAAGUUUGUCGCUCGAUCCUCAAGUUUUGCUGCAAUGGGCCGCAACACACAAUGACGUGGACACACUGAAAAGCGUAGUGGAAGGAUCGAACGUGGAUAUCAACCAGGCGGGUCUCGAUGGAGUUUACCCGUUACAUCGUGCUGCCUACUCGGGAAGCCUUGAAAGCCUCCAAUAUCUUGUCAUGAAAGGAGCACAGCUAGACGUGCGGGAUAAAGAUGGCUCCUCACCCUUGGACGCUGCGGUUAACGAGGGAGAAUUUGACUGUGCAAGCUUCCUGAUCGAAAAAGGCGCCAACAUCAACCACAUUCGAGACGGAUUCAUAGACAAGAAUUUAUCACACGGGAGAAAGAGAGCCAUGACUAUUGAGUAGCGACAGAUGGAAGGAAGUAAGAACUUAGCACUACUUUGAAAAAGAAAACGGCUAUGGUUAUGUCUUGGUGUAGAAAUUUCCGUUAGUAGAUAUCAUUAGAUACCAUCGAUAUUCAUUAAGUAGUGGAUACUGUCUUCGCAGGACUGAUCUGAGCAAAUAAGUGAAUCGAUGCCUUAGAAUUGUAAUGAUACGUGGGGUCUUUCAUAGAUAUUAGCUUUCUUCAACUCCUUAGAGCGAUUGGGUCAUUUUUCUCUCUAGACUGACGUUGUAUGACAAUGUAGUAACAUCUUCAAGAACGACUCUUUUCAAGUUCAGAGGAUAAACUUAAAAUACAUCGGUUUAUUUCGCAGAUUUGCCGUUGUUAUUAGUACGAGUUAUUUUCAUGUCAAAAAAUGCUAAAAAUUGGAUUGGAUUACAUUUUUAACUUGUUGACUGUAAAUUUAACUCGCGUUUAGUAAUUAUCGAGUGGUCAAAACAUGAUUUCAUGCUGUGCUUGUUGUUACUGCAAAUCUUCUAAACAUAGUUUGUAAACACGACCAAGAUCACGUUUACGUUGUUUUGACAGUAAUUCAUGAAACCAUCGUCAUAACAAACAUCGAAAAAAGCUCACUUUUUUGUAAGAGUAUCUGCCUUAGUAAUUUUCAACAAAUCUUUAUCAAAAUUCCAUCACGUUCCUUAAAAGUUAGUAAGUCUCUGAGUAAACAACGAGCAUGAGGAAAAAUACCGUAACUCGUGUCACAAAGUUGGAAGUGGGAAGGGCAGUGUUGGAAAUUUACUUUUAACUGUUAUCAGUUUAACGCAGACACAUAAUUAUCCAAAAUCAAAAAUUAAACUAGAUAAAAUGUCUUGAGCUGUAAAACCAAAGAUGUCGUUUUCCUCCGCGAAAGAAGUCUGCGCGACUCAUCUCACUAAAUUCAGUUUAACCCACACGAACGUUCUCUAAGAACGGUCGGUCUUCAUCUGCAUCGUUUUGCUUUUGAGUUCUCGGUUUUUAGUUUUCAGUGUAUUGAUGUCUCUUCAUACGAAAAUAUUAGGUAACUCUAGUUCAGAAAUCUCAAAGAUGCAGCUGCUUCAUAAGCACUUCCUCUUUAUAUCAACCCUUAUACU